UGUCACAUGACAGAUAUCCCAGGAUGUGGGGUUGGAGGUUGGACCCUAGUGAUGAAGCUUGAUGGGACUAAGAAAACAUUUGAGUAUCGUUCCUCCUUGUGGACAAACAAAGAGGCAUACGCAGUACAAGAUGGUCUGGAAGGAUUGACAGAGAAAGAAAGCAAGUUGGCUUCGUAUUGGAAUACUCCGUUCACAAAGAUUUGUCUGGGUAUGUCGUAUAACGGGACACGAAAAUUGAUGAGCUUCAACUACACCGCAACUUCGCUGUACAGUGUGAUCGCAGACGGCCAGUUUAGGGGAACGGGGGCUGGUAGAGCAGCAUGGAAAUCCCUGAUCGCCAACUCGUCACUUCAGAGGAACUGCAACAUGGAAGGAUUUAAUAAUAUACAAAUUGCGAAUGGAAACCGAAUGCGAAUUGGACUCGUUGCCAAUGAACAGGAAGAUUGUAAUUCGUGUGAUUCUUGGAUUGGCUAUGGAGCAAGUUUCACUGGAUGGACUUGUGGAAAUGUUGCUAGGCACCAACCUGAUAACGGUGAUAAAAAUUUGGCGACGUUUGGAUACAUUCUCGUUCAAUAAUCAACCAGUAAAAUAGCACGCUAUCUUCUAGUCAAUAUUAAGAUAACUUAUGGGUUGUAAA